GAAACCGACACUAGCGAGCUAUUAAACUGGGCCAAUCGAAUAUGGUAUAAGGCUGAUGUUGUGACCAGUGGCUGAAAAGCUUGUCCACUUUUUAUCCACCUCGAUCACAUAGGAAACCCUUAGGAACUACCUUAUUUUGAUGUUCGACUAGCUUUAUAGACUGCGGAAAGUUGAUCUGAGCAGAGACAAAUGAAACCGACUGGCGAAAAUGUGUCGGAGAUAACCCCGGUACUAUUUCCGGGUCCUUUUUGCCUUCACCUCAACAUUCGGCUUCUUCCAACUUCCUUAUCGACACGCUCAUGGUUCAUAUUCCCAUCUUCUUUUCAGUAACGGUUCUUUCGAGAUGAGCUCUGCCGGGACUGCUUCCCCUCUCUUCAAAAGGGGGAAGAAGGCAUGCACGGAGUGUCGGCAGCAGAAGGCUCGUUGCGAUGCGUACUUGAUGAGCCCCGGACAGGCAUGCACUCGUUGCCAAAAAAUGGGCAGCGAAUGUAUCAUAUCUGAUCCUUUUCGUCGAGAACACAAACGCCAGAAACUCACGGACCUGGAGAAGGAGACCAACGAGCUGAGGAAGAAGCUCGAGUCCUCUCAGACCCCCACUGCACAGGUUGCAUCUAUAGCGAUGUUGACGGCUCCUACAGAGAUAGGCUAUGAUGAGGGCGAGGCUGGCUUGGCAUCUAAUAUAAACCCAUCUCUUCCAGUCACUGUUGCUACAUUGAACCCUCCCGUACUCACCGAUCCAAACUUGCUGCCUCCUAUUGCAAAAAUGGACUUGGCCCAGGGCUGCCGCGAGCCGGAGCCCACUGAGUGUCGCACAUUAAAUAAUAUUCAAUUAACUGGAGGAGAAAUUGACGAGAUAUUUAAACUCUUCUUUCACCAAUAUGCACAGUUUCUUCCCCUUCUCGAUCCACAGGUUAGCCCCAAUGCAUACUACACACAAUCUCCAUUCCUUUUCUGGGCUAUUGUAGGUGUUGCCUGCAGAACAUACCCAAAGAACCCGACCCUAAUGCAGGCUCUUGCCAAAGGCAUUAUUGAAAUGGCUUUACUUUCAACCGUAUCACCUUGUGCCCCUUGGCACUCGAUCCAGGGUAUUCUGUUAGUCCUCACAUGGCCUUUUCCAAAGGAAAAUGAACGAUCCGACGCCGUAUUUCCUCUGAGCGGACUGCUUUUGCACAUGGCAAUGCAGCAUGGGCUUCACAUCCCACUCUCUAGCCAUGAGUUUUACAAGGCAAACCUGCCCGCACCAUCUGAACUCGAUAUCAUUCGUCGUUCGGAGCUUUGGGCACAUUGUGUCAUUGUUUACCAGAGAUCCUGCACAAUCAAAGGUCAACUGCCUCGCAGCCUCUUGGACCUGGCGCGAGAUUUGGCACCCCGGCAGGUGCUUAUGGGAAACAUCGUACCGUCGCUUACACUGGAGUUGAAAUGCCAGGAACUGGUUACCAGGUGCAGUGCAUCGGUGAACGAGUUUAGUGUUUUAGCCAUGACUCAACUGCAUGAGAGUUUAUUUGACGUUCUUAUACGCUCGUACGAGGACCAAGCAGCGGAACUUUGUCUCUCUCAACUCUCACUGAAUGAUCGAUUCCACACUGCUCUUUGCCGCAUGAGCAUCCAGAUAUUCCACCUCUUUAAAACUCACACACUCUUUGCAAACGGCUGUCAACAGAAAUUGGUUCUCACGACCUGUAAUCUCAUUUCAACGAUCCAAGCAAUUGUUUCAUUUCUUGAAAGCCCCGGUGUCUGUCCCAAUCAGCUUAGCUUCGGAAACCUUUUAGCUGGCGCUACAUUGCUGCGUAUCCUAAAAGGACCUGUUUGUCAAGACCUUGAUGUUGAGCGAGCCAGAGCGGCGUUUUUCAACACAAUUACCCUAGCGCGACAGAUGACAACCGCCAGUAAUGACGUGUCAGCAAAGACGGUCAUCGUCCUGGGUCAACUGUGGAAUAGCACCAAAUCCUUUCGAAAGGCGGAUGGUAGCCCCUGCACAACUCUCCGCAUUCGGAGCCGGCUCAUCCUUAGCCCCGUAAUCGAUGCCAUGUGGUGGUGGCGAGACGAGUUUGACCCACAAUGCCAUGCGACGGCCAAUGCUCAUGGUACCGCGGCAGAAGGGGGUGUCGAGAAUAACGAGGAAAACCUGGGCGCCACUGGCACGACUACAGGAGCUAGCGACGGACAAAGCUUUUACCUUUUCGAUGACCAGUUCCUAGCAGACUUUGAAUGGGCCUUAGCGGACGAGGCUUUGGGUCCUGCGGGCGCUGGCGCUGGCACUGGUGUUGGGACUGGAACUGGAACAGGGACAGGCGCCGAACAAGCUGCAGUCUAAUGAUGGGAAGAAAAGAAGGUUGGAAUUAAUCCUUGCGCGCUGGUUUGAGUUGGUUAGCUAGAUUGUUGGGGUGGGUUGGUUGCGUAGGUUACUACUUGUGGCCACUAUCCAUGCCUUUCUGCCCACCUAAACCGCUACCCACUUUAGGUGCGCCACACAUUCUUCGCGAUCACACAUUCUUCGCGAUUUUUGAUAUUUCAACUUAUUUUUAUUAUUAUUACAAUACAACAUGC